UUAUUGGAAUAUCACACUUUUAAUUCAUGACUUCUUUCACCAUUGUCCAGUUGUUCCUGGUUUUCCUUUUGAUGAGAUCAGUGCUACAUUGGACGUCAGUGUCCUGGUUUGAGCUUUCUGUGGACCAACGAUAUACCCCAACAUCUACACUCUACAACGUACAACUUCUACAUUUGUAUACACAGUAUGGGUACGUUGAAGAUCUUGGACUGAAACCCGUCAGGCUCUGCGGGGUGUUUUUGGUGCAGCCAUUUCAGUGACACACUCAAGAGAACCUGCGCCUCAAAGUCAAAGAAGACGGACAGCAGCUUGUGUUCCUCCAGCGAUUCAACCUGACAGAUACUCUAUACUGCUGCGAGUCAGACCUUACAACUUCACAACUGGAUUUGACGGUGUGCAUAUAUUUGAAGCCCGAGAUGCCUGAGGGCAGCUGGCAGGUUGUCCAUGUUAUCCCGCACAGACGCGGCUAACCCGAGCAGCUCAGAAUCUCUGCAGGAUCUGCGUUCUACAACAAGGAGUCUCGUUUGUGUUAAUGACUUGCUAAUGAUGUGUCUGCUGAUAGGACCGUGGAGGGUACUCUAAGACUGAUUGGUUCCAUUUGACCCAGUAAAAGCCUUGGUUCUGGGUCCAGAUGAUCCUGAACACGGUGCUGGUGGUCCUGACGGACCUGGCCGCCCACUUGCUGGGCAACACGUUGUUCCGCCGGCACUUUCACCUGUUGUUGUCCGCCAUGGUGAUGUUCGGCCCUGUGCUGAGUUUCUGGGUCUCCCAGCACAGUGUCUUUGCCAAGAGAAGCCACUUCCUCUACAGGAUGUUUUUGCGAUCUGGUUGGGGUUGGACGUGCAUCCUAGUUGGUUCCUUUGUCUUUCUCCUGUCCUUCUCCACCCGUCGUUCCCUGUCUCUGUCAUGUCGUCACCUCUCUCGGCUGGGAGUGGCUGGUGGACUGUGGCUUGUCUUCUGCAAACUUCUGGACCUUCUAGAAAACGCUACAGGAAGCUGCUAUGAGCCGCUAGUGGGCAGCCCGGAGAUCAACAACAGCCAGCCUCUCUUGGUGCUACGAGAAGGGGAGAGCAAGGCGGAAUGUCUCCAUGCCGGGAUGUUGUGGAGAGGAUAUGAGGUUUCAGAGGACGUCUUCCUCCUCUGUCUCUGCUGUCUGCUGCUCGCUGAAGAGACAGCAGUGUUUGGACCUUAUCUCAGCCUGGGUGGCUUUUCUGACGCCCCGCUUCGGAUCCUCUUUUUGUUCUGUGUUCUCCUACUUGGCCUCUGGCUUUUCCUGCUCCUGUGUCUCCUUGCCUACUUCCCUCAGUUCCCCACCCAGUUGCUAGGAGGCGCUCUGGGCUGCUUGAGCUGGAGGGGAUUAUAUCAGGGUUGGUACCGUCAUGGUCCCAGCUGGUACUGCCCCGGGAGACCUGGACUAGGAUUGUUCCAGAACCAGGACUGACAUGGGAAGACAUACAUAAUAAAAAUGAGCGCACCACUCCAAAGACUUUCAGAUUUCAUCUUAGAAACCUCCAGAAGUAUUGGAACAGUGAGGCCACUUCCUCUACUUCUGCUGUAGAAACGUUUGGGUUUGGUAUGAGACUGGAGAGCAACAUUGCAGCUUCUAUUUCCAUGGGUUUUUUUUACACCUGGAUGGGAAGCACAGCUUAGAAGAUAGCAUCUUUUCUCUGAACCCACCCAUUUUUCAUGUAAGCAAACGUACUGACAGGUUGCAUUGCUUUGCUUAUCCAAUCAAUAACAGCACUGAAUGUCUACACUCACUUUCACAUUGGGUAGGAUAGAUUGUGCCUGUACAGACUGCGUUUAGAGGUGAAAACAACAUGAAAACCAGAAAGCUGUCCCUGGGCGGAAAAACAAGCAACUGAUGGAAAAUCAAUCAGAACCAUUGCACAACUAUGGCUCAUAACCACGACAAGCAUUUAGAAUGUCCAGAAGAAGAAAGCAAGCACUGGUGUACAAAGUAAAGUAACACGUACCACAGGUAAGGUACACCGGGGUGUCCAAACACUUUUGAGUAGCAAUUGACUCUAUCCUUAUAAAACUACAGCUGUUUCCAUUUUACAACCAUUUCAACUUUCUUCUUGACAAUUAUGACUUCAUUGCUAUAACAUAACUUUUUCUGCAACCAAAUUUUCCAGAAAUUUUGUUUCUCAUACUAAAGUCUUUAUUUCAACUUUAUGCUACUAAAAUGACACGACUCUCGUAAAAUUACAAACUUUUUUCUCUUCAUAUUGUGACUUUAUUCUUGCAAAAUGAAGAUUUUUACAUUUUUGCUGCUGAGUGUUUUUUUUAGUGUUCCUGUUAAACUCUUAUUUUCAGAAUGUGCUGCAAAUGGUCCCCAGGCUGCACCUUGGACACCCCUGAGGUAGGCGGAGGCAAACAUCAGAAGGUGCCAACAGAAACAUUGUGAGUUGUAAAAAGAGACCUUACAUGCAUCAUCUUCUCAGAAUGUUGAUUUCAGAUCAGCAUUUGCCAUAAAAGGGAGUGCUGCAGUUAAGAGUCAGCUUAAGCUUCUCUCUUCAAUUGCCACUGUUUACUCUCGACACAAUGCGAAUAUGGCUGACAUUUCAAGUAUAAAAUGUAUAGCUACUCACCACUAUUCACUGAUGGACAGAUGCAAUCAGUCACAGCACAACUAUGGUGUGUUCAAGAACCGCCCACCAGUGCCUCAGGAGAAAACACUACCAGUGAAGCUUAAAGACAUAAACAUGUCAUUUUAACAGUGGUACAUGUGUGCUGUACAUUGUAUCGGUAUUAUCACCCAUUGAUAAACGAUUACCCGCUUACAGCGAACGAGAUGUGUUUUGGCCUGUUUUCUUAGAAAAACAAAAAAUUGAAUUUGUUGGGCAAAAAUCUCCCAAAUUGUGGGAGUGAAUGCUCAUGGAUGCGUAUGCGGGGUUCCACUGUACAGUACAUCUAAAAUGUCAUCACACUG